AUGCCCAAGUUUCAAAACAAUUCCGCUACAACGGAACAACUGCAAUUGAUGAAGAAAGCCAAAACAUGGUAUAUGGCCAGGACCUUCAGAGUUGUCAGACAACCUUUCAAACAACUAUAUACCAUUCAUGUCUUCAUCCUAGGCGAAAACGGAGAGUUGAAACAAGUCCCAACGGCAUAUGCUUUCAUGUCCCGUCGUCAAGAAAUUGAUUACAGGAAGGUAAGUUGCUUUGUGUUCUCUACGCUUGCAGAAGAAAUGGGAGGGCUGGAGUCACUGUGUGUCGAGCGCGGGGUAUGGCAGGCCGUCCGAGGGCUACUACCCAUGGUCGAGAUCAGAGGAUGCUUAUUUCACUGGGAGCAGGCAAUCGGAAAAGUGCAAGCCCUUGGUCUUGAUAACGAAUUCCACAAAGGACAGGAAUCCUAUAGGACAAUCAAGAAGCUGAUAGCAUUUCCUUACUUGCAUCACCGCCACAUUCCUGACCAGUUUGUCGCCAUCAAAGCCACAACAGAAGACACGAGCCUGUGCCCCCUUUUCACCUAUGCAGAGAACACCUGGCUUUGUUCAACUGUUUGGCCAAUCACCAGCUGGUCCGUGUAUGGCAUGACAGUGAGGACCAACAACGAUUGUGAAGGAUGGCACAAGAAGGUCAACCAGGCGGCCGGCAAAAGGAACCUUCAGUUCUUCCUUUUGGUGAACCUCCUUCACAAAGAAGCCCUGUAUGUACCCCAGGUACCCCAGUUGCUGGCCUGGGGUCAACUGUCACGCCACCAAUCGCGGAAGACCUGGACCCGGUUGUAUCAAACUUUAAUGAAGCAUUAA